CACGUCUGUGCUACGGUCAAUCUUACCGGAUCGUACCGUUGUCCUUCGCAACAACGAGAGGACGCGAUCGGGACGGGUAUGGUAGGUGUGCUCGAUCGAAGCUUCCGAUGGGUUUCGGCUCGACCAGCGCGCGGCGCACGGGCCACCACUCCGCAGCCAGCGCAAGCACCGCAGGGCUACCCGUAGUCCGGUACGUAGAACCCGUUGAAAAAGUGACCGUUCCUGUUUUUUCCGGUGAGACCCUUCUUGCGCCUGACGAACCGGAACGCGGACGGCACGUGCCGCGUGGUCGUGCCGCAACGAGGCAGGUUCGAAUUCCUCGAGAACUCCCAGAGCCUGUUUUCUGCUGCGGGAUAGCACGAAUUGCUGGUGAUGGAGGAUUUUGCGAGAGGCCUACCAGUAUUUUUCGGUUUGAACCGUACAAAACAUACUGCACGUACGGUACAGCAGGGCACCGACAAUCGAAGACGUCUUCCCUCGGACUGGAAAGAACUAGAGGCGCAUUGCAAUUUACGGAACGAUAGGACAACCGCAUCGACAAUCAAUCGUCCAUCCUUCCAGAACUUUGCUUGAGCAAUCAUUUUCGAAAUCAUAGAUCCAGUGGACGAUAGGUGAUUCUUGGGUUGCUGUUCGCCGGAUUGAGUGUGUUUGGGGGAGUGUUGUAAUAGAAAUAGAACAAGAACAACCGAUAGAAUCACGCCGCGGCAAUGCAAGAAUUGGAGCAGCUGUACAACAGAAAACGCCAUACCACAACACAACACAACGCAACGAAAUACAUCGCGGGAAUCGUAUCGCACCUCAACCAGAGGAAGAACGCUGCGUCAUGAAAGUGACUCCCAACAUGGGCCUGCAGGGGCUGGGCAUCGCCGUCGGAACGAUGGUGGUCCUGGCUUUUCUCACGGCGAAGCCAAGCGUGGAGCGGGAGGUCAGGGUGGCCAUGAUUGGAAACUCCCUCAUGUACUACAACGAUCUCCCGCGACUGCUGGAGGCCAUGUCCAACGGCCGCCUGUCGCAGGACAGCUGCCUGCACGGGAGUGCCAGCCUGAAAUCCCACUUGUACUACGGCAACGGGAUGUUUGUCAAGUGGGACACGGGCAACGCCAGGAUAUGGAACGUCGACAACGCCGACUACGAGGGCGCGGCCGAGGCAUACACGGAGUACAUGGACUACUACAACGGCAACAACGGGGACGACGGCAACAAUUACGACGACGAUGCGCAGCAGCAACAGCAAUAUACGUACCAGCUGGAUUCGACGCAAUCGCACAUUUACGAUUUCGGUGCCUGCACUGUGCCGCAGCUGCUCCUGGGAAGAGACGAACGGCUCGUGGAAAAAUACUCGGACAACUACUACACCGACGAUUACAACGAAGACGACCUGGACGAGGACGAAGAUUACGACAACGAUGACAACAACGACAACGGCGGGAAUCAGAGGCACCAGAGACAACUGCGGCGAGAGAGAGCUAGAAGAAGAAUGCAACACCAAUCGCAGAGGCACGAGACACAACACCAAUUGAUAACCAGGCCGUCAACCGAAACACAGAGCCAAAGCAACCUCCGCGUGUUGGAACAGACCUACCAUUACACUUAUGCCGCGGACGAUGCAGCGUCCGUCGAUGAUUUCAACAACAACAACAACGCCGACGAUGAAUACAACACCUACAGCGUCGUGGAUUCUUUCACCGACACCUAUGCCCUGCAAAACGACGGUAAGAACCCCUGCCUGCUCAGCGCCAACUACUACUUUUUCAAGCAGAGCCAGUACGACGAAUUCAACGGCGGCGUUCCAAAGUGGGACUACAUACUAAUCAAUGACAUGUCCCGCGGACCCUGCUGCACCACGCCGAGGGCGGAGAGCAUGGAGCUGUUGGUCGACGUCUACGUUCCGUGGAUCCUAAAGACGGGGGCGGUGCCCGUCUUUAUGGUCACCCACGCCUACUGGCCGUCCACUCGGGACAUGUCCGGGCUGACAGACAUUCCUACCUUCAUGUCCCUGACUUACGAGGGCUACCGGGAGUACGCCGAGGCCAUCAGCAUAUACUUGCCGGAGCACCAGCAGCCGAAGCUGGCUCCCGUCGGCCUGGCCUUUUUGCUGGUGUGGGAGGAAAACCCAACCAUGUGGGCCAACCUCAUCCACAUGGACGAGAUCCACCUGACCCCCACCGGGACCUAUCUGGAAGGCCUCAUCGUCUACGCCACGCUCUAUGGGCACCUGCCCAGCCCGAGGGUCGUCCUGAACGAAAACAUUGCUAACCUCUUUAGCAACGCCCGCCGGAUGACCCCUUCGGAGCACAUCCAGGAGGCCUAUCCCACGCUGGACAAUGCCCGCUAUUUGUACCACAUUGCCUCCCGCAUCAUGAACGGGGCCCUUCCCCGUUCCUUCAAGAGGUACAGCAACGGGGAAUCCGUGGACUUUGAGCCGAACGACAGCUCGAGUAGCAGUAGCAACAACAACAACAAUAACAAUAAUUGACGAACAUUGCGCAUGGCCAAGAAAGGUAUCUAGUACUA